AUGUCAAAACAAAGAAGAGAUUAUUAUGAAGUUCUUGGAGUUGAUUCAACUGCUACAGAUGAAGAAAUUAAAAAGGCAUACAGAAAAUUAGCACUAAAAUUACAUCCAGAUAAAUUAGUUGAUGUUGAUCCUGAAGAAGCACAAAAAAAUUUUCAAGAAUUAGUUGCUGCAUAUGGAGUAUUAAAAGAUCCUAAUGAACGACAAUGGUAUGACCAACAUCGUGAUUUGAUAUUAGCUGGAUUAAACAGAGCAGAUGAAACAGUAAUUAAUUUGUAUGAAUAUUUCAAUAGUGAUUGCUUUGAUGAAUAUAAUGAAAAUGAAAAUGGGUUUUAUACAAUUUAUAAUAAUUUAUUUAAUUCAAUUCUUGAAGAGGAAGGAGGAGGGAAAAAAUUAAUGUCAUUUGGAACAAGUAAAAGCACAAUUGAAGAAGUCAAAAGAUUUUAUGAAGAAUGGACUCAUUUUAAAUGUCAAUUAGAAUUUUGGAAUAAAAUGCCAAAUGAACUUUCUGAAGCACCUAAUAGAACAGUUAGAAGAAUGUGGGAAAAAGAAAAUCAAAAAAUCAAAGAAAAACUCCGUUUAGAACGAACACAAAAUAUAAGACAACUUGUUAAUUUUGUUCAACGAAUGGAUCCAAGAUGGGAAUUAGUUAAAGCUGAAUUAAUAAGAAAAAAAGAAGAACGUGAAAAACAAAUUGAAUUAAAAGAUGCAGAACGUAAAAGAAGAGAAGAAGAAAUGAAAAGAAAACAAGAAUUAAUUGGAGAACAAUUUGAAAUUUCACAAGAAGAAGUUGAUGAGAUUGAACGUAUUUCAAGGUAUUAUUCAGGAAAUAAUACUGAAAUUGGUCAAAAUAAAAAAGAUAUACAAGAUGAUCAAAUAGAAGAAGAAAUUACUGAAUGGUGUUGUAUAGUUUGUGAAAAAAGCUUUAAAAGUGAAAAUCAAUUAAAAAGUCAUGAAAAUAGUAAAAAACAUAAAAUGGCAGUUAAAUUAUUAAAGAAACAAAUGCAACAAUUUAAUUAA